AUGGCUUCCUAUGUCCUUUCAAAAGAACUAGUGGAACACGAACAAGAUGUUCGAGGAGUAUGUUCAAUUUCAGAUGAAUUAAUAGGAUCUGCUUCAAGAGACGGAAAAUAUGGUAUAUGGAAAAAAGAUGGUGACAAUUGGACUCCACAAUUCUAUGAGUUUCAUGAAGGAUUCGUAAAUUCCAUAUGCUAUGUUCCCCCGAGUGAUCCUAGUACAAAAGGAUUCCUAUUUUCUGGUGGACAAGACUGUUCAGGUAUUCUCCACGAAAUCCAGGGCGAUUCUCCUGCUUACUAUCUAUUCGGACAUGAAUCCAAUAUAUGCUCAGUUCACGCAAUUAAUAGCACUACGAUCAUCACCGGAAGUUGGGACUCGACAGCACGCGUGUGGUCGUACGGACAAUGCAGAAUUGUUUUACGCGGACAUGAAUCUUCGGUCUGGGCUGUCUUGGCUUUAGGAGAGGAUUCGUUUGUCACCGGCUCUGCUGACAAAACAAUCAAGAUUUGGAAGGGUGAAAAAGUAGUGAAGUCGUUUGUGGCACACGUUGAUUGUGUACGAUCGAUUUGUAAAAUUCCCCAAGGUUUCGCCUCUUGCUCAAAUGACGGCAUUAUAAAAUUGUGGACUUUAGAUGGACAUCUUUUACAUGAAUUACAUGGACACACUUCCUUUGUUUAUUCGCUUACAUACGUACCUACGCUAAAUUUGUUAGUUUCCUGUGGUGAAGACAAGUCUGUACGCGUUUGGAAGGAUUCCAAAUGCGUUCAACGUAUUGCCUUACCAACUACAAGUAUAUGGUCUGUUGCCGCUCUUCCAAAUGGUGACAUUGCUUGUGGGUCGAGUGAUGGUGCUGUGCGAAUUUUCACGACAGAAAAAGGACGAAUGGCUCCUGAAGCAGAAUUGAAAAGUUUUAAUGGACGGGUGAGUGAAUACGCAAUCUCUACUCAAGAAGUGGGUGAUGUGAAGAAGGGUUCUUUGCCGGGUCUUGAAAUUCUGGCAACCCCUGGAAAAAAUGAAGGAGACGUGGUCAUGGUCAGAGUAAACAAUGAUGUAGAGGCUUAUCAAUGGUCACAACUUGAGGGAGACUGGAAAAAGGUUGGCCAAGUUGUUGAUGCUGUUGGAAGCAAUCGUAAGCAACUAUACAACGGCCAAGAAUAUGACUACGUGUUUGAUGUUGACGUAGCUGAAGGACUGGCUCCUUUGAAAUUGCCUUAUAAUGUGACUGAGAAUCCGUUUCAAGCUGCUAUUCGAUUUUUGGAAACGAAUCAAUUACCAGCGUCAUAUACGGAUGAGGUAGUCCAAUUCAUUCAGAAAAAUACCCAAGGGCAUACAGUUGAUACAUCGUCAACCUCCCAAUCCACAAAUUCAUCUACUUCUACUAAAAAUGUAACGAUUUUUCCAGUUGGUUAUCUCUUAUUUACCACUGCAAAUGUCUCUGCUAUGUGUAACCGAUUACUAAGUCUAAAUACUACACACGCUAAUGCUCUUCCUCAAGGGGAUUUGGAUAAAUUGCAACGUAUAUUAUCAAUGAAGUCUGUGAAUGAUUCUGAUCGUCAAGUUGCGAUUGAGGUCUGUCUCAACGUAUUGGACCGUUUUAAUUUAUCCGAACGAUUUCCUGCUCUAGAUGCUUUACGACUAUUAGCAAUUCAAUGUCCACAGGAUCUCUGUGCAGUUCUCUUGGAAGUGUUUGCUCAGCUUGCUCAAUCAAUCACAGUUACUGGGAAAUUUGAAUCGAUUAAUAGUAUGCUGACGCUUCGGGGCCUAGCCAAUAUCGUGCCAAAUGUGUCAUCUGAAGAAGACAUUGCAAAGUUAGCCAACUGCUUAUAUAAGACCACACCACAAGCCGAAUAUCCAAAAGAUUACAAAGUUGCCUUUGCGACGCUCGCCAUGAACCUGUCAAUCUUAUAUAUUAAGAAAAAUCUUGAGGAAGCAGCGAUUGAGCUUUUACCAGUCUUGACGAACUUUUUAGCUACAGAUUCUUCUGAGAGUGAGUCCUGCUACCGGACUCUUAUGGCAUUGGGUAGUCUGUGCACACUUCCUAACGUUGCCGUAGCAGCAUCACAAGUUUAUGAUGUUCGCAAAGUGACCGAAAAAGUUUCAAAGACGUUUUCGCAAGAGUCCCGUUUCCCAGAAGCAAAAGAUCAGUUCUUUGCCCUCUUGGAUAAGGCGACUUGA